CAGCCCACCAUCGAAUCAAAGUCCCCCGGACCAAGGAAAUUUCCUCCCUGCACGACUCCAAUUAGAAUAAUACCCUCCCUGUACGAGUAAUUAACACCCUGCAUUCAUCGUCUUGUGCUCAGGUGGGAGGAAUUUUAGAGCCAAAACUUACCUAGUUCAGGGCUCUUGUCUUGAGACGUGCACCUUCCUUCCAAACCCGAAUAGUUUUGUUUCUUUUUCAGCCAACACACUUUAACUCGGGCCCGCCAGCUUAAGUCAUCUCCGCCUUCGACAGUUUGACGCUCACGCCCCAUAAGAGAGAGCAUGACAAUUGGAACAUAAUUUGAGCAACACAAAACAUUCUUUGACCGACCGCGCAGACUCACGUCUCCAGCAGCAGCUUCUUAUAAUUCCACCCUUCUUUUCCUCUCGUGCUGAAUCCACAAAAAUCCGUCGUCUUUCGAACCAAACCCCAAAUCCAACAAACUACCCCAGCAACCCUGCCUCCCUUUCUCUCUCUCCCGAUGCCAGCAGAUACCACGCCGCCGGCGAUCAUCCGUCCUAUCCCGCGACGCCCUUUCAACCCCAGCCUGACGAGCGCUUCUCCUCCAGACGAUGUAUCGGCCUUGGACUCUCAACCUGUCCGCAAUGGAGAUUCUGCAUCCAGCUUGAGAUCAAGUCUACUCGACCCCAAGCCCCGUUCAUCUUCACAGUUCUCCGCCGAUACUCCCGAGGAGACCGACCCUGCGUCCAUUUCGCGCACCCAAUCGAUCCUCAACCUUACCCAGUCUGCCUUGUUUGGAAUAUACAGCCCGACCAUGACAGGAAACAGCAAAUCUCGGAGCAAUCCUUACUCCGACCGAACAGAACCGGGAACACCUUGGGGCACCGGCGCCCAGACCCCCGGGCGCCCGGGACUGUACCAUCCGAAUGUUGAGGAGGACGACCCCGAGCGUGCCGAAGCCCUUCUGCAACUGAGGGAGCGCCUCGGGGCUGCGUCAAAGUCACAAAACGGCGGUAUGCUCACCGGCCCCAUGUCACCAACCGGGGCCCACUUCGAGACAGAAACAGCACUGCCAGCUCCGCAUACCAUGGGAUCUGUAGACCUGCUGACGCUUACGGCCAAGGCGGUGCUACUCUUUGUGCUGGGAGCUUGCUACGGAAUGGUCGUGUAUAGGCUACGGGAUGAGCACAUGUCUGCCUCCCUGCAGCAACAUCAGCAACGACAUGCCAACAGCUUUUUCCCGGCCAAGGGCUCCUACGACAAGAUCUAUAUCGCAUUCUGGGGCGCUUCGGGCGUGCUGCUUGGCUCGCUCCUUCCGUGGUUCGACCAGUUCUGUGAUCGGACUCUUGGGGCCAAGACUAAUUCCGGCUGUUCCAUGUCUACUGAGGAAGUCAAGGAUGUCCCGACACUUGAUACUGACUGGGCGCUGGUCAUCCGUGGUGUAGGGUGCUUCGCGGGCAUUGCUUUUGCUAUUCGCAAGUUGCCCUGGGAUUCAACCAUGCAGGUGUCAUUGACACUCGCACUGGUCAACCCUUUUCUGUGGUAUCUCAUUGACCGAUCCAAGUCUGGAUUCAUGUUGGCGAGCGCGGUCGGGGUCAUCGGGGCUACUGUCAUUGCGGGGCUUGACCCUGACAUGAUGCCGACUCCUAUGUUAUACGACACGGCCGGUAUGCCGCUGCCGAGGGGCUCCGACCAAGGCCGCGCCGCACAGUUGGCUCUUGGUGGUCUUGCGCGCCGGGCGACCCUCGAAGCGGCCAUUUGGAUGCUCAGCGUACUGUUUUGCAGCUGUGUGUGCUUUGGUAACAUAGGAAGGCGGCUUGCCCUUAACACAGGGACUCCAGAAAGGGGUCGUUGGGCCGGAGUAAGGUGAAAACAAAAACAACAGACUUGAGGUGCGUGAAUUCACUGCGGCUUUAUCAACCCAGAAAUCCUCCGGGCCUGGCCGCUUUGUACACGCUGGGUGUGUUACUCAACUUCGCAGACGGGGCAUUAGGCUCCUGCGGUAAUAAGGAUUCAACCCUGGCCUGCACUAUAAAAGUAUUACACACGCAUUUCAUCGAGAUGCUCGAUGCUCUCAUAAGCAAAUGACAGUUCUAGUACUUACAUCUAAGCGAAAUCAUGUUUGGGUUGUGGUACCAGAGAGUGUGAUGAAGAGAAGAGAAGCGGACUUGUGUUUGUGUAUGGAUUUGACGAAAUUGAGGUAUUUUGCCAUGUGUUUCUUUGCUGGAUAGUCAAUGAAUGACUUUUUUUUCUUUCUCAUGAAAGCCCUAGCUGCAGGUUGUCAAGGGUAUAUACCAAGCAACUAGAACUAGAAUAGUUCUAGGUAGGCAUCUGCAUACAUCACCAACAGUUACAGCUCUUCCAUCAUCACCGCCAGUGGAUCCAGCCAAGACCUCCAAGGAUGAGCACUGGCGGGACUACCACAUUGGGAAUGGCAAGGGGGGACCUCACGUGAAGAUAGAGAGAUUGCACGAUAUUAUAUAAUCACAUAUCAGCCUUGAGUCCUUGACCCAGCUUUUUGCCUAGGGUGGAUCCGCAGA